CCGUGAUGACACUUCAAUAUAUGAACGGAGAACUUCUUCUAUGGACACCAACGACAAUCAGGAGAGGAGCAAUCACCAACACCACUCCAAUCAUCAAAUCCAUAGGCUGGAAGAGUACUUUAAUGAAUGUCCGCAUCCAGACAAUUUGCAGAGAGGUCGGUUGGCGGAAGAGCUGAAUUUGGAACCAAAACAAAUCAAAUUUUGGUUUCAAAACAAAAGAACCCAAGUUAAGAUUCGAAAUGAAAAAGCAGAGAACGCAGAGCUUAGAAUAGAUAACCUGAAAAUGAAAUGUGAAAACGAAGCAAUGGAAGAGGCCCUGAAGACUGUGGUUUGCCCUCCAUGUGGUGGUCGUCACCCUGGGAGAGAAGAGCAAUUACGUUAUAUCCAAAAAUUGCGUGCAGAGAAUGCUUUUCUCGAAAAAGAGCGUGAAAGACUCUCAAGUUACGUAAGCCAGCACAGAGGUCACUCAGUACCUCGCUUUGAUGGUCCAUCAACCUCCAAUAAUCGUCCUGCUUCAUAUGGAACCUCUUCCAACACCCCACCACCUAAGCCGCAAAAUUCGGUACUGUUGCAGCAUUUGCAACCGCUAUCUCAACCGGAGAAAAUUGUAAUGUUUGAAAUGGCGGCAAAAGCGGUGGCAGAGGUUAUGAGUCUCAUUAAAAUGGAAGAAUCAAUGUGGAUUAAAUCGUCUAUUGAUGGUAGGCUCGUCAUUGAUCCAGGGAACUAUGAGAAAAUAUCUACUAAGAUUAACCAUUUUAAGAGCACAAGUGUUCGUCCUGAGUCUUCUAAGGAAGUGGUGGAGGUUCAAAUGGAUGUAACAAACUUGGUCGACAUGUUCUUUGAUACAGAGAAAUGGGCGAGGCUUUUCCCAACAAUUGUGAACGAAGCUAAAACGCUUCACGUGUUGGAUUCCAUCGACCAUGGAAGACAAACUUUCUCAAAAGUGAUAUACGAGCAAGAACACAUAUUGUCGCCCUUGGUGCCACCUAGACAGUUUAUAAUCCUAAGAAGUUGCCAACAAAUAGAAGAAGAUCUCUGGUUGAUAGCUGACGUUUCCUGUCAUCUCCCAAACGUUGAGUUGGAUUUUACGGCUCAGCUUUGCACUAAACGUCCCUCCGGUGUUCUCAUACAAGCCUUGCCCCAUGGUCGCUCUAAGGUGACGUGGAUAGAGCAUGUGGAAGUGAAUGAUAAUGUGCGGCCACAUAGGCUUUACAAAGAUCUCUUAUACAGCGGCUUAGGCUACGGAGCUCGACGUUGGACUGUUACUCUUGAGAGGAUGUGUGAGAGGCUGUCUCUCUACUCCAUGUCUGACUUCCCAUCCACUGACCACGCCGGAGUAGUGAAAACAAUAGAAGGCAGAAGGAGCGUAAUGAAUUUGGGAGAAAGAAUGUUGAAGAACUUUGCAUGGAUAAUGAAAAGGUCUGACAAACACGAUUUCUCGCAACAGUGUGAUACUAACAGCGGAGUUAGGAUUUCGGUGCGGACAAACAUAGAGGCCGGUCAACCGACAGGUCUCAUUGUCUGCGCCAGUUCAUCUUUAUAUCUCCCUCUUACUCCUCUCAGAGUGUACGAUUUCCUUAGCAACCUGGAGGUUCGUCACCAGUGGGACGUUCUCUGCCAUGGGAAUCCAGCGACUGAGGCUGCUCGUUUUGUCACCGGCUCGGACCAAAAGAACAACGUGACUUUUCUCAAGCCGUCAAGUGGAGGGGAUAAUAGUGAGUUGAUGAUACUACAAGAUGGCUUCAUAGAUGCAUUAGGAGGUAUGUUUGUGUACGCUCCAGUGGAUCUAAACACAGCAUACUCAGCCAUUUCAGGCCAAGUUGAUCCUUCCAGCAUUCCUGUCCUCCCGUCCGGUUUCAUCAUCUCCCGUGACAGCCGUCCUUCUGUGGGUGAGCUUGACACUGGACGCAUGACACUCCUCACCGUGGCUUUCCAAAUUCUUGUCUCUGGUUCAAGUCACUCUAUAGAUCUCAACGUGGAAGAUUCUGCCACCACAGUCCAUAUCUUGAUUAGCUCCACCGUUCAAAGGGUCAAAGCAAUGCUUAACUGCGAAUGAUGCAUGGUCAGUGUGAGUUUGGUUAAGUGACCACUUUCCAAA